AUGCCCACACCUGUGACUAUCGAAAUAUCUCAAUACCUCAACGUCCCCAAAUCCGAGCUGGACGAAGGCCAGAUCCGCGAGCUAGAAGAAUGGGAAAUCUCCCAGGGGCCUCUCUCGGUCCUGCAGCAGGCGGUCAGGAACCAGAGUCAGGUGUUGAUUUCUCUGAGGAAUAACAAGAAGCUGCUGGCGAGGGUCAAGGCGUUUGACCGGCAUAGCAAUAUGGUGUUGGAGAAUGUCAAGGAGAUGUGGGUAGAGAACCCAAAAGGAAAGGAUAAGAAGCCAAUCAACAAAGACCGCUUUAUUUCUAAAAUUUUCCUGAGAGGAGAUUCGGUCAUUCUGGUUCUGCGAAACGCUGCAUGA